CCUGUUCUUCGCUGCCUCCUGUAGGUGAACUCACGCCUGUAGCCUAAGAUGCAUUUUUAGGCUGCAUUGCGAUGCGGGAUGGUCUAUCGGAUCUCUUGGAAGGUGGUGGGCUUUGAGGGACUGUUUCUGCGUCUAGACAUGGUUGGGCAAGGGUUGAUAUAACAGAGGCUGCAUGACGGUUUGAGGGUGUUACGUUCUCUCGAUACUGGGUAGUGGGCACUUUCGAUCUGACAUUGAAAUGUCUCCACGCUGCUUGGUACUAGACACCAGCACACUUUCCUUGGACGGAUGUGGUGUCCUUCCUAAGACCCACUCCGGCUACUCCUUUUGUCAAUCUAGCCCUCCUCCUCACCCCCUUCGCAGCAUAUAUGAGUCCGUAGUACUGUAGCCCUGAGCCUUUGUGUGUUUGGCUUUGUGAGUGGCAUC